AUGACGGCGGACAGGAUAGACAAGUCUAAGGAACUUUACAAUUUGCGUGCCCCCGCCGAACACGCAAAAGAAGAUCCAGGCUCCGAAUACAUUGUUCAGCUACUGGAUGAUUUUCUUCACGAAGGACCGAAUAGACGCCAUCAGUGUCUCGUCUUCGAAUUGCUCGGGCCUCCUCUCAGCAUCAUCGUGGAAGGUUACCACUCAGGCGGUGAGCGGCUGGAUACAGAAACCAUUCUCAAAGCGUCGACACAGCUGCUGCAAGCUGUUGCCUUUAUGCACAAGGCUGGUUAUGCUCACGGAGAUGAAGAUGAUGAAGACGAUGACGAUAUUCGACUUGUCGACCUAGGAGAAGAAUUCAGCCUGGAUGCGAUUCCUGAACGUCUCGCUCAAUCUCCAGGCAUGCAGGCGCCCCAAACAAUCGUCACUGACAGAUAUCUACUAUCUCAUAUUUUGAACAUUGCCAUGCAAAUGGUGGACAAUCGACACUGGGAACAGAUGAAGCUCGACGCCAGUGGAGGUUCCCCACUCGAAGAAACCAGGCCUCUUCCGGGGUUGAGGCUCGAGCAGAUGUUUGACAAACACGUCGAGGAACCAGAAUUGAAGAUUCUUCUUCCUGUCGUUGAGGGCUUGACGAGGUUCUUGCCAUCGGAUCGCACAUCAGCACAGCAGGCACUUGAAAUUCUCACUGCAGCGAACGACAAUCUGGAAACUUGA